AUGGGGAAGGAGCUUCUUUGGAGUGUGAGUGUGAUCUCCUUUCUACAAUUAUCACUGGUCUCCUCCUACAAACUAGUUUGUUACUACACAAACUGGGCUCAGUACAGACCAGAAGGUGGUAAAUUCUUCCCAGAAAAUGUUGACCCCUGCCUGUGCACCCACCUGAUUUAUGCCUUUGGCAGCUUGGCAAACAAUGAACUCACUACCUAUGAAUGGAAUGAUGAGCCCAUGUUCAAGAGAUUCAAUGAUCUGAAAAUUAGAAAUAAUAAUCUGAAAACCCUUUUAGCUAUUGGAGGUUGGAAUUUUGGUACCACCAGAUUUACAAACGUAGUGGCUACAGAUGAAGCUCGGACAACGUUCAUCAAUUCUGCAAUCAGUUUUCUUCGGAACCAUAGAUUUGAUGGUUUGGACUUGGACUGGGAGUAUCCUGGCUCCAGAGACAGUCCACUGGAAGAUAAACAACGUUUUACAGUCUUUGUCAAGGAAUUGCAGGAAGCUUUCAGAACAGAGGGAGAGUCUUCUGGAAAGGAGAGACUCUUGCUUACAGCUGCAGUUGGUGCUGGUAAAGACACCAUUGAUGCCGGAUAUGAAGUAGCUGAAAUUUCAAGAUACAUAGAUUUUAUCUGUGUGAUGACGUAUGACUUUCAUGGGGCUUGGGAGAACGUUACUGGUCACAAUAGCCCUCUCUACCGUGGGUCCACUGAUGAAGGAAAAUUUAUUUACUUUAAUGUUGACUUUGCAAUGAAGUACUGGAGAGAUGGUGGUAUCCCAGCAGAGAAUUUAAUUGUUGGAUUCCCAACCUACGGACGUAGUUUCACCCUGAGCACCUCCCAAACAGGUGUUGGUGUUCCAGUAAGUGGGGCUGGCCAACCAGGCCAAAUAACCAGGGAGGCUGGAUUCUGGGCCUACUAUGAGAUUUGUACAUUUUUGAGAGUUGCUACUUCAGACGUGAUUGAUGACCAGCUGGUUCCAUAUGCAUUCAACGACAAUCAAUGGGUUGGAUAUGACAAUCAGCAAAGUUUUAUAACCAAAAUUGAUAAUGGAGAUUUUAAAAACUGCUUUGACGAUAUUGAUCUAUUGUUAAAAGAGUGUUCUUCCUCUUCUAGAGAUAAAUGUGGGCUAUUGACAACUUUAACCACAACAGCUAGUGUCACUCCCUCUUCAAGUGGCGUUACUACAACUAUUGUAGUCCAUGACUUUUGCCAAGGCAGGUCUGAUGGGACAUAUCCUGAUUACUCUGAUCGUAGUAAAUAUUACCAGUGUUACCAUGGACAAACAUACCACAUGAUUUGUGCCGAGCGUCUAAUAUUCGACGAAAAUUGUAAUUGUUGCAAUUGGUCUUAA